AUGUCUGUCAAAUCAGCCAAUUACAACAUCAAAUUCCGAGGUUGCCAUCCCGUUCCUGCUCAGCUCUUCACAGCCUCGCCGAUGAUUGUGCUGAGAUGGCCACAUGAACUCCAAUCCCACGCAAAUGACCUAUCGAGUGGAUCGCAACUCGUCAUUAAUGGCGGCGCGGCGGACUGCAGACCGCACGAGGCAUUUUCGCGACUGGCUGCAUGCGGCGGCAUUGUCGAAGUUAUGGAGGCAGAUCGGCACGGAUUCGAGUCGGACGGGGUAUCCAACUGCAGCAUGGCCGUCUAG